AUGUCGAAUAGGGCUGACUUCCAUGAAGAGUCAGGGGUUUCUGAAGAUCUCUUCAGCGACUCGCUUGAAUCCAUCUUCGGUCAUCAUCAGGUGUGCUCAUUCGACGGAUCCAUUUGCAAUCCUGACGCUCGCAGCCCAGUCAAGGUGAACCUGGAGCCAAAUUUACCUUCAAAGCAAAGUCCGUGGAAGACUCUCGACAUGCGUAUACCAGACCAACCAACAAACGGUCUAUUUAGUCAAAUGCAAUGGGAUAGCGGUCUUUAUCUGUGUGACAUGAUCUGUGAUGGCAGAGGUCCAUUUCAUAACUUAUCGAAUAAGCGUGUCUUGGAAUUUGGUGCAGGUACAGGAUUGCCUUCUCUUCUUUCUGCUUUAAAAGGUAGUCCGCACGUCGUGUGCUCUGACUACGAUGAUCACUAUCUGAUCGACAACCUCCGUCGGAACGUCACAGCGAACUCGGUGCGGAAUGUGGAUGUCGUGGGUCAUAUCUGGGGACAGGACGUGGCCCCAUUGAUUCCCGAUGGUCGUAAAUUCAACCUCAUCCUCUGUGCUGAUACGCUCUGGAUGAGCGACCAGCUCGAGAAUCUGCUCAAAAGUCUCACCGCGACAAUCGACAAGCAAGAUGAAAGUUCACGUGUAGUCAUCAUAGCAGGCUUCCACACCAACAGGCCACGUAAGCGUUGUUUUGAGUGGUGA